CGUAAAAAAGGCCAUCGAUUCCCGGGACAGCCAAAUCAGAGCCCUUUCGACACCUGGAGCCCCUCCUCUCGCUGACUCCACCUACACUCCCCUGAACCAUCCCUCAUCGCCUUAUUUACUCCACCCCCAACCCCAUUCCAUCCCUCUCCACUCUCCCUCACCGCCCCUAAGCCUAGCAUAGCCUAGAAUCCACUUAAUUACGCCGAUGGUCGGAACCCGCGACGGCGCCAGGGCAGCCAAUCCCUCGGACAAGGAGGCGGAGGACGCGCACGCCGAUGCGCCCGACCUCCGGAGCGCCGCGGGCUUCCAGGCGAGCCGGAGGAGGAGGACCACCGCAAGGCGCCGCCCGGAAGACGCCCAUCCCGUCGCUGCCCCGCCGCCCGAGACCCCCCCUCAGCCUGGGGCUCGUGCAUCCAUGUUGGAUUUGAACGGAGCAGCCCUUGACCCUGAUCAAGCUAUGGAUGGUUUGAGAUUUCUCCUGCAAAAGGAGCUUAGCCACAGCGAUGCUAGUUCCCUGGGAAGAAUUGUUCUUCCAAAGAGAGAGGCAGAAGCUUACCUUCCAGUCCUUACAGCUAGGGAUGGUGUUGAAAUCAACAUGGAUGAUUGGGAGACCUUUCAGGUCUGGACGUUCAAAUACAGAUACUGGCCUAACAAUAAAAGCAGGAUGUACAUACUUGACAACACUGGGGACUUUGUUAGCACUCAUGGCCUCCAAAUUGGUGAUCUUAUCAUGAUAUACAAAGAUGACCAAAAAGAUAGAUUGGUCAUUCGGGCAAAGAAGGCAGUAAAAGAGCAUCCUGCUGCCUUUGCAGAUGAUGGAAUCUUUGAUUCCAUUGCGCCUGAUAUUGUGGUGGCUAGUGCGAGAUAUUCUGACCUCUUUUACCCAUUGCCAGAUGGUAUGAGCAUCUCUCAUGGAAUGAACAACACAUAUGGGGAUGACCUGAUCUAUGCCUUUGCAGCAGACUUCACAAUGGGUUUCUCAGAAGAGAGGAUGCAGAACCAUUCAGUUGCUGAAUAAAUUCAGAAGGUUGUGUGGAAUUGAUAGUGCUUGGUGACUUACAUGUCAUACUACCGUGCAUGAUCAAUAACUCCUAAACAGACGUUGUUGGAUCCUGAAUAAGUUUGGUUUGUCUAUCAAUAUGUAGCAUAGGAUUGAGUUGAGGUUGUAUACAUUUAGAUUGGCCUUGGGCUGGAAGAUCGAACCUGAUCUCAAGUAGGGUUGAAUUAAAGUUGUCCUUAUAUGAAUCUAUAUUUUUAGACCUGUUGA